CCUCCGUGUUUGUGUUUCUUGGUGUUUUGUCUUGUCUACCCGAAGUGAAGUGAUUACUGAUUACGGCAGUUCUUGUUCAUGGCAGUCUCAUCAGUGAUUUAGUGAUUCGCGCUGGGUUUCCUCGACCGAUCAUGGCCGACGUCGGCACUAUUUCGAGAUUUAAUAAAGUGCGAAUCAGUGAAGAAAAGCAAGGACCACGAUUAGUUACUAUCCGUAAAACGGAAACUGGGUUCGGCUUCAACGUUCGUGGUCAAGUGAGCGAGGGUGGUCAGCUCCGAAGUAUAGGAGGUGAACUGUACGCGCCCCUUCAGCAUGUCAGCGCCGUUCUAGAAGGUGGAGCGGCUGAAAAAGCUGGAAUUAUUCGCGGUGACAGGAUUUUAGAAGUGAAUGGUGUUAGCGUGGAAGGAGCCACUCACAAGCAAGUUGUUGAUCUGAUAAAAUCUGGUGGAGAUGUUCUAACUUUGAAAGUCAUCUCUGUAACACCACAGGAGGCUGAAAGACUAGAACCCUCAGAAGAUCAUUCUGGUUAUACUUAUAUUGAUUAUAGUGAAAAACGCUCUCUACCAAUUUCUGUACCUGAUUAUCAUUGCCUGGAAAAAAAUGGAGAAAAAUAUGUGGUUUUCAACAUCUACAUGGCAGGUCGUCAUUUAUGCUCAAGAAGAUAUCGAGAAUUUUUUAAUUUGCACUCAAAUUUAAAGAAAGAAUUUGUAGGUUUCAAUUUCCCAAAAAUGCCUGGAAAAUGGCCUUUCAUGUUAAGUGACCAGCAGUUAGACUCAAGACGACGUGGACUAGAAUUGUACCUAGAAAAAGUCUGCGCUGUUCGUGUAAUAGCAGAAAGUGACAUCAUGCAAGACUUUCUCACAGAUUCUGAUGAUCAUCUCGGGAAUAAUAUUCCAGUGGAUUUGAAAGUACUCUUACCUGAUAGGGAAGUAAUUGUAGUAAAUGUGAGGAAAAAUUCCAAUGCUGAAGAAGUGUACAAUCAGGUUGUCAAUAAAAUUGAGAUGUCCAAAACCACAGCUUGUUAUUUUUAUCUAUUCGAAAUAGUAGAAUAUAAUUUUGAACGUAAACUGAAACCAACAGAAAUGCCACACCAGCUCUACAUCGGCAAUUAUAGCACUGCAAGUGCAAGCUGUCUUUGUAUCAGACGAUGGCUCUUUUCUCCAUCUGUGGAACUGAGCCUUUGCACAGCAGACGACCUAGCGACUUUGUAUAUCUUUUGGAUGACUAUCGACUCAGUGGACAGAGGUCAUAUCAAAGCUGAUGAUAAGUUGUACCAGUUAAAAGCCCUGCAGGAUGCAUCUAGGAAACAUGAAUAUUUACGACUAGCAAGACAAUUACCAGGAUAUGGCGAAGUUGUAUUUCCUCAUUGUAGCUGUGAUUCAAGAAAAGAAGGUCAUGUAAUGAUUUGUAUUGGUUUUGAGGCCCUCCGAUUAGUAGCUUGCAAAGAAGAUGGCACAGAAGAGGAUCAAGUGGUAGAAAUAGCAUGGAAUGAUGUUCAAACGUGGGAAGUGGAUGAAGAAGCAAUGUCAUUCUCUUUUCAGUAUGAAAGGAAGACGAAGGGUCUACGCUGGGUCAAAGUUUACACGCCAUAUUUUCAUUAUGCUGCAGACUGCUUUGCUAGGAUCCAAGAAGAGCAGAGGUACCUAGACUGUGUUUGCACAACCUAAAUGACAAUUGGUGAUCUUUUGUUUUAGUAAGGUACCGAUAAACUUUGCGCAAUUGCUAGUUAAUCAAUUUAAAUAUCCUAUGGAUGGAGAAAAUUUGCUCAAACCCUGUUGACGCAGCCAGAGCUCUUAUUUUGUCACUCAAUUGUGAUGACACAAAAUCACCAGUUUUCUCAGGUAUAUUUACGCUCAGAAAGGCAUUUUCGCGGCCAGUGUGGUCGUUUAAGUGGACCAAAGUUUAUAUAGGGAGAGUUGAGACUUUAAAUAAUUUUUUCUUGGCCUAGGUGUAGCCAGGCGCAUGGUUCUCUCAUUUUUUUCACAGACACAAGGACUGAUCAUUGGGUGAUAAAACUGGCGAACUUGGCUGGCACCACUGUGUUUAACUAAAAGGGCAUUUCACUUUUUCUCAAAUUGAGAAAACGGCUCUCAAAGUUCGGCACAGUGCUCACUUUACCCAUUCCGGUUUUUGGCUUACUUGCCAAUUCAGGUUAUUUCUUAGUAUCCUACUGCAUUUGUCUGUCUUGGUUGACUAUUGACAAAGGCUGUGGUAUCGACUAAAUCGAAGGAGGAACGCUGAUGUCUUGCAGAUGCUACCUUCAUACAAAGCAGUUCUACUCGUCCUCAGCACCUGUUGCUUUGCUUGCAAGGGAUGCGCAGCUAAAUUCUGGCUUACAGCAGGCUUCACCUGCCUUAUUUUUUGUGCUCAGAUUUUCUGCAUGCAUUCGCAAGUCAGUGCAUCAGAUCCAAAAACCCUCUUGUUUCACUCCUUUAACCUCAAUCAAAAUUCAAAGAUUACUUCUUUUUGUUCACCUAUCCAUUCAUCUUUUACUUAUUGAGUUCUUGAAAAUCCAAAAUUGCUGCUUUGCUGAUAAGCAUUUGCAGCAAAUGUGUUUUCAUGAAUCUCUUGAGUUUGUAUUUUUGCUAGGAGCUUGUACUGCUGUACUCAGCAAAAUGGGCAUCUUUCAGAGUCUAAAAAAAAUUGAGUUAGACUCUGAUUCAAUUUGAGGGCAUUAAGUAGUAAGAUUAUAAUUAGCAGUUGCUGAAGGAUCAGUCUUCUCAAUUGCUGAAUUUUUUUUAUGAGAUGCUAAUUUUAUUUCAUUCUCUGCAAAGGUUUUUGUCAUUCUUCUUUUCAAAUUAGAUAAGCAGCCAAAAAAAGAAAAAAAUUUGGUCAAAACCUCAUGAUUUUAACCUAGUAACAAUGUCUGAGCUUCAUAUCGAUACUGCUUUCAGCACAGGGAAAGAAAUAAAUUCAUAUUACAUAAAUAUUUAAUUGCUCCAUGCACAAAGCAAGCUACUACCUUUUCUUUUAUGCAAACUACCUUUAAUCGCUUUAAGUUUUGUAUGAAGCUAUUUUGUUUAUUAAAAUGACACGCUUGGUACUUGAUGUUUUCAAAAUAAAGAUGUAGAAAAGAAUUUACCACUUAUUUUACACCGAAGCAAAGUGAGAGGUAAAUUUUCUACUUAUUUAAUAUUUUAGCUCUUUUGAAGUGCCUCAACUCUCUCUGUGAAAAGACUUUGGCCAAAAGUGCUACUAGAAUGCAAAUUAUUGAAAACUCAUGGUGCUUCUUUUUACCCACCAAAAUUAUGGCAACUCACAUGUUUCCCAAAGGCUAAAUUUGAAGAAGUUAGGUAUUAUUAUUGUUUUUAUUGGUCUCAAGCUUUUGCUCUCUCUUUUUGACUAUGAAAACAUCAGAACUGACCAUUCAUUCCAUUUUUCAAGCUUGCUUUAAAGUGUUUCAUUUGGGGACCAAGCAUUGUUAGAUAAGCUUGUUCUCACCCCAAUCUGAAGCAACACAUGCAAGGGUCAUCCAAAAAUUAACAUGGUCAUUUGUCAGGAACUGAAAAUGAAAAAUCAAGUCUGUAAAAAGCACUUGACUCUUUUAUCCAAAGAUUUUCAAAAAGGUCAAGUUUUUCAAAUGUGGAAUUGCAGUUUGCAAGAAAAUCAAUUUUUAUAUAAAAUAUUGUUGCCACUCCAACGUAAGGGUGUAUUCCUGUUUCCACACGAGUUUUAAAAAGCACAGAUGUAUGUUAAGUGUGGUCCACUAAACAAGAAGUCCUUUGAAACACAAUCUCUGCUAUUUUAGCUUUUCUGGUAAAAGUCUUUGAAUGCGGAAAUGUUCAAAUUUAAUACUUUGAGUCAAAACAAUUCGUCACUUGUCAAUACCGCCAGCAUUCUUCAAAAAUGUUGCUAACAGCACUAAUUGCAGAAGCGGCUCAUAUAGCAUAAGUGGGUGUCUGUACAGUUGAUUGAAAUGUUUAUUAAUUUUUUCGGUUUCGUUUUCAUAAAAAACUUUUUUUUCUUGUUGGGCUAAUCUGCAACGAAAUUGGUGAUGUUUAUUAUACAACAGCUAGCCUAAGCAUAUCAAGCACUGAUCUGAGGAUGAGCACAAUGCUUGAAAUAGCUAUUACCAAAUAAACACCAUCUUUUUUUUCACAGAUUGGCUCCAUACGAAUGUUUGUGAUGCCUGAUUCCGAAAAGAGACUCCACUAUUUAAGAGCAAUUUGAUGACUCAUACUUGUCCCGCAAUACUGAAUAAAUAGCUUCUGAUAAAUAUUUACAGUUGAUUCUUUUACAUUGGCAAAAAUACGAAAAAUAACGCGGAUUUUACAAUUCACGUUUUCCACCAGCAAUUCCAUGAUGAGUUGCGCAACAAAGACUCUAUGAUUAGUCUAAUAGAUUAUAUUAAAUAGACUUAAAUGUAUAGAACAACUUGAAACCAAAGUUCUAUUUGCUGUGCAUGGAUUUCAGUGCUCUUUUAUACACACAAACGCACAGUGCCAUUGUGGCUUUAAUUCUCCUCUGUGCUUUCACUCACAAGUGCUACGCCCUUUUGUCUUCGAUCAGUUGUGAGUAUCUUCGCAAAAUUAAUUUUAUCUGCUUUUAAAUUUUGAAUCUCAUGUUCUAGGAUUAUAUUUAGUUCUCUGAAAGUGAAGGAAAUAAUUUUCAUGUGGCCCGUGUUUGCCGAAAAUGCAUGAAUUUCUCAGAAGUUUUUCUUGCAGUCAGUGAACUGAAGCUCAAUUCAUGACUGAUGCUACUUUGAGUUAAUCGGUAUGAACGGAAAGUCUGAUCCUAGUAAUCAUUUUGUUUGGAAAAAUAUUGAAAGUGUUUGCCGUCUCUGAGCAUUCGAACGUCAUUAUCAUUGAAUAUGUCAAUUGCCAUACUUAAAAUUUUCCUUUCUUUUGGUUUUAUUCUUGUCUCUUUAUUUUAUAAUAAUUUCUUUAUCAGAUUCAACGUUCCCUUAAGAUAGACCUCCCCUUAUCUGUCUCUAUUUACUUCCUUUUUUAAGUCUGUGAUGAAUCUUGAGAAUAUUUACCCCUUCCUGCACUAUGUACCCUGUAUACUUAUACUAAUGUUGAUUUAUGUCCCCUGUAAGAAGUUUGUACCAUUUCCUGACUAUCAAUCCUAGCUAUGUAGUCUGUAAUCAAGGUUUCCACUCCAGAGUUUAUCUCAAACUAAGUAAAAUUCAGAUUUUCAAAGUUGAGAUUUAAAUAAAUGCUGAAACUGCAAGUGAUCUCAGAUCACCGAUCUGUAGAAAUUGCCAUAAUAUGCUAAGGAAAUGUGUUUUGUGAAUUUUUCGGUAAAGAUACCAAGCGUCAACUGCUUUAUUUCAAAUGUUCACCAUCUCCCUCUUUUCAAAAGGUAAAAGUUACUAAUUAGUUCCUAAGAUACUGGAACUCUUUUAAAUUAACAUUGGAGCGCAGAGAGAAAAAUUGGUUAUUUAAAUCGGUUUAUUAAAUUGAUCAAUUUAAAUUGGUUUUUGAAAAAAUUUCAAUUUAUGGAAAAAAAAAGUAUUCAUAGUGCCGAUAAAGUUUUAGAAAAAUUGUGCAUUAUGUUACAACAUAGCAAAGAGGAAAAGUUUCAAAACUCUUGAUCCAUCCUUUUUUGUACCUCAAGGUGUAUUUACUUCUAGAUUUGUAUUAAUUAUUAAUCCACCCUUUCUCUGUUGAAUGUUUGCGUGCCUCUACAUGUCUGUAAAUAAUGCCACAAGAAUGAAAAAGACUUCAUUAUUAAAAAGAAGACUGUUAAAUUAAUAGAUUUGUUAUAGUCUAACCCCGUUUUACAGUCAAACCUAUGUUUGACCAGGGCCAUUUCGUCAAACCCAGGUGUAACAAAUAGGUCCAGGGUCAGAACUAAGGUUGAUUGAGACAAACAAUGAAUUAUAAAUAUAGUCAAACCGAGGUCUUAUUGGGGGGAAAAAACUUUUGACCAGUAUAGUAAUAUGGACCUGUCAAUUUAAAGCUGGAAAUUGAUCAUAGAUGGUUUGCUUAAUUUUCUCAUGAAUGUCACUUUAAUUGAAACUCACCCCUUCAACAAAUAAUUUUCUCUUUCCGAACAUAGAUUCAUCAGACUUCUUCAUAGGAAGAAAUGAGUUACUUGAAGUGAGAAGAAGUAUAUUACGGUGAAAAAAAGAUCGAGGACUAGGAUCAUUUUUGGUUUUUUUAUCACCAAGUUGUAAACGGUGAAAUGAGGAAGAGGGGCCCCUUUUCCCAAACAGGGAGGUGCUGAGGUAUUUUGAGGGUGGCGGUGGUGCAGCAGGUGGAAGGAUUGGUCGUCUGAGAAUCCCUGUUUGAGGGGUUGUAUUUAAAGGCAUACCAUUUGGUGCUGUUAUAGUUGAUAAGCGAUUUGAUAGGUCAGAUAAAAAGUUGGGUCUGGGUAUCACGGAGGUGCCGAGGCAUUGCAAGGGUGGCAGUGAUGCAGCAGGUGCAAGGGUUAGAGGCUGGAGAAUCCCUGUUGAAGCAGUUGUAUCGGAAGAAACACCAUUUGUUACAUUUGAUGAUAAGCUAUUAGACAGUUCCAACGAAAAUUGGGGGUUGCGCAUAACAGCCAAGAUGGUUGUGUCUAUUUUACCAAUAUUUUUCUCACUCAUUUCAAUCUGGAAAGAAAAUAACUGAUUUUAGAAAUAAUGAAUUUCUUGAAUUUCUUAUAGCAAUGUUGAGAGUUUCAUGAAUGUGCAAUUUGAAAAGUCACUCUUUCUUCAUUCAAAGUUGAUUUUUAAGUGAUAUUAUGUACAUUGCCAAGUACUGACAGUACGACAUAACAGUCAGAAUUAAAUUUUGAAUUCAAUAAAUAAGGUAGGUGUCUGUAGUUGGCAAUGGUUUUCCUACCACUGUCCGACUUGUAACAAUUUUGAGGAGCUGAAAAAUGGGGUUUGACUGUAAUGCAUACAAAUCAUAAAUAUUUUCAGAAAAAAAAAAAAA